AGGCGCAGGCGCAGUGCGCUGCUCCAGCAUGGCCACGGUGCUGUCCCGGGCGCUGAAGCUGCCGGGAAAGAAGAGCCCAGACCUUGGGGAAUACGAUCCUCUCACUCAGGCCGAUAGUGAUGAAAGUGAAGAUGACCUGGUACUCAACAUCCAGAAGAAUGGGGGUGUCAAGAACGGGAAGAGCCCCCCCGAGGAGGUGCAGGACCCUGACUCUGAUGUGGAGAUUGGGAUGACAAAGCAGCACGCAUCAGAGAGCGCACCCGAGGGUUAUCCUGCAGAGACGACCGGGAGCUUGGAGCAGAAGGCUGCUUCCUCCCUCAUGCCAUACCUGCGCACUGCCAUUUUCUUGCUCACUGUGGUGAUCUCCAUGAUCCUUGUGUUGGUGUGCGCCUUUCUAAUUCCCUGUCCCCCUAGAGACUUGCAUAACACCUGGAACCGCAACCUAGGGCAGGGAGCAGGCGGUGUGCUAUCCCCGCUGGAGCUGUCUGAUGUGAACGGCGAUGGGAUCCCUGACAUCCUCAUUGUCUUCACUGCUUUGAUGAAUGCCAGUGUCAAGGGUGUCUCUAGACCCUCUGUAACUGUGGUGGCCCUAUCUGGUAUGAAUGGCAGCACCCUGUGGUCCAUCCAGCUUCCAGAGGAGACUCGGAGUGUGCAGUGCAAAGGGCUGUCACUGGGGGCACCUGCAGAGCCUGUCUGCCUUGUUACGGGAACAUCAAAAUUCCUCAGCCUUCUCAGUGCCUCCACAGGCAAGACCAUCUGGACGCUGAACUACAUCCACCUUUCAAGUGGAAUGUUGGCUGCACCAGCUGCAACUCUUCCAGAUGUAGAUGGAGAUGGGAUUAGGGAUGUUGUUGUUCUGGCUCUCAAGGAGACACAGCCUGAUGCAUUUUUCAUCUUGGUCUCAGGAAAGACUGGGACUGCUUUGGGUGGGCCUGUGAAGUACAAGAUCAAUGGAGAAGGCAAAGUGAUUGGCCCCCAAGUCCACAUCACCAGCCGAGGAGCCAUCUACAUCCUGUUUGGUUUUGGUAAUGUCCAAGCAAUUGCCCUGAGGGAUAUCUUUACCCAAGCCAGAAACCGGGACCGCUUUCCUGCUGUGCUGGAGCAGGAAGAGCCAGAGUGGGAAAAGCGAAGAUCUGUCAACCUGUCAGAGCUCAUUGACAUUUACAGUGGGGGUGUUGAAUUCCUGCAGAUGAUGAAGACACCUGACACAAACUGCAGCAACCUGCUCAUCACGACCAAAGACAGCUUGAUCCUACUGCGGGGAGAGGAUCUGGAGCCCCGCUGGACUCUGGAACUACAGAACAUCAGCAGCCAGCCUGUACCAGGUUACUUUGGUGCUGACCAAACUCUGGACUUCAUGCUUCAGGCACAGACUGGAGAUGGCAACAAAAAGGUGGUGGCGAUAGAUGGCAGAUCUGGCCUCCCUGUUUGGAACCAGGAGUUCCCGUGGCAGAAGCAGCAACUUGAAGCGUUGUCAGUCAUGACUUUGGACAAGAGAUCUGUUUUUCUCUUCUGGGCAGAUGAAGCACAGCCUGUGUUACAAACUUGGCAACAUGGUCCCAGGCCUGAGCACCCAGGGCUACAUCACCUCUAUCUGCUCCAUCCUGUUUUUCCUACAGUCCUUCUGGACCUCACCAAUGCAACAGACAAAGUCAUUGCUUCAGCAGUUGGAAUCAACGAUCUCCAGAAGGAUGCAUUUCACAUCACAGUGACGACAACUGCAACCUCUGAAAAGCAACCAGGAUUUCUCUCAGUCAGCAAGCUGGGUCUGAAGUGGGCCAUGAUGACUCAAGGGCGAAUGGUGUGGCUGAAGGACACCACCACUCCCAAAAUAAGCCGUGGAGAAGUGAGGCGGUUUCUUGCCCGCCUGAAAUUUGUUGACUUUCCUCAGAAGCUCUAGCCUGGUGGUUCUUCAGAUUUUGAUUGGGCCUGUGGCCUGUCUGCAAAAUACAGGAAGCUGCUCUGUGAACCUUCAGGAAAGCUGCUGUGUAGGGAGAAUGGAGGCUAAAACACUUCCCCUUUCUUCAGCUCUCUGGGGAAUGCUGCUGGAGGUAGUUUUAUGCUUGGCAGAGCUGUCCAGUGCCAGAGAAACCUUGUUCAGCAUCUUCUCCUCUAUAUGCUGUUUAUGCAUGCUUCCUUCCAGGUAACACAGAAAUGUGUCUAGAAUUUAUAUGCACACACACACAUAUAUAUAUAUAAAACUAGGGUUUAUAUAUAUAUAUAUCAAUUUAUACUGUAUAUGUAUAUUUUUUGUAUGUUUAAUUUAUGAAUGAGAUUUAAGACCCCCCCCUUUUUAUGGCCAAACAGUAUUCCCAGGCAGCCAAAUAAGCUCUAGGCCUAGAGUGGGCCAUUGUGACUCAAGGCAAAUGGUGUGGCCAAAGGACACCACCUGCUUUAAUCUUUAUGUUUUUUGGAGAGAAGCCUUUGUCUGGCUCCUGCAGGGCUAGUCUUGUCUGCAGCUUUUCCUGUGCUCUAAGCACUCUUCUCCAGUCUGUCCUCCAGAUCACAAACAAACUCAAUUUAUGACUGAAUUCUCUGAACUAGAGAAAGAUGAUCCCUGCAGUAUUUGCCAGCCUUUGCACUUGUGUAUUUCUUUCCCCAAUCCCAAGUUCAGGACAGGAUCAUGUGGGUGAUGUAGAAUUAAAAAGGUCACAUCCUAUUUCUAUCCAUCCCUGAGGUUUUAAUGAACCCACAGUGUCCCUGUAACAUCUCACUGCAGUCCAAUAGGCUGGACCCCCUUUUACAAGUACAUCACAGCUCUUUUGGAAUCAAUUCCCAGCAGAUUCUCACUGACACACUAGGUCCAGUCACAGCAAAGCUGAUUCCCACAGCACUGCUUCACAGUUUAGAGGCUCAGACAUAGAACUGGAAAGAUUUUUUGGAGCAUUUUUCCCCCUGUUCUGGUCUCAAUAUUACCAUUCCCUUGCCAGCUUAGUCCUGUGUGCAGUUCCAGGAGGAAGAGACUAGCUCCAGGGCACAUUUGCUCACAGUGUAUUUAGUGCUUUGAACUAUGCCUCUGAGUGUGCCUCAGUUUCCUGUGUUGUAGUUCCAGAGCAACUAUGUGAAUUUUCUUGCAGUAGAAAUGACCAUGUGGGAAACAACCACUUUGGUGCCCCAGCAGCUCCUCACAGAGCAGGGCAACAACUUAGGCACUGUAAAACGAGGCUGAGGUGAGGAUUGCAAAGGAGUCUGCUGUCCUCCUGCUGACAUGUGCCCUCCCAGCCUCCCUGCAUUUCCCUGGGAGUAGUAAGGUGAUGGCAGGACUUAGACCCUCCCUCCAGAAGGACACAUCUGUAUGGGUUUGCACUUCUGGGCUCUAGACAUUUUCUCCUUGCCAUAUCACCUACUCUUUUCUCCAUCCCUGCAUUUCCAUAUAAAAGCUUCCAGGAUAGCCCUUCAGGAUUAGCUGCAAGCCCCAAGGCUGGUCCUUGGGCCCUGCUCUCUUAAUGCCAGGGUCUAUGAAGAGUUUGUAUAUGGUUCAUGGUAUUUUUGUGUAAAUAGCUGUGUACAUAUUAGCACAACUGUAGCAAUGACUCUAGGCCUGGCAUUUUCCUCCAGACAGGGGUUAGUAUUUAUAAUUCAUAGUCAGCUAAUGCAGCUGCACAACAGGGACUGAAAAUGUGAGGACCAGUAACACAGGAUUAGACAGGGAUGUCCCUUCCCUCCUCUCUAGCCACCACCUUGCUGGGAAAGGUGAAGUGGCUGUUAGCUGAAGUAGUUAUUCUCCAAAGGUUCUUCCUGUGAGAACUGAUACUGAAGUGCAGUAAUGUUAGCUCCUCCAUAAUGUGAAUUUCCUCUGCCCACACACACACACAUCCCCACUGUGAAUAAAGAGUCUGUCUGUAUAUUGUUGGGAAAAUGUAUUUGAACUGUGAACUGCAGUGGAGCAAAUAAAUACUGUGUACAGCA